UUUCAUGUUUAGAAUAAUUAAUUUAUUCAUUUUUAAUGAAGGGAUCACAAGGUCGAUGGAAAUGUCUCAUUGUGGAAAGUUAUGAACGAUGACAAGGAAGCCACUUUUUCAGAGCGUAAUUGCUCUACUGAAUUUCAGAGUCCACAACAAAUGGAUUGGCUCAGAAUUCAAGAUUCUUUAAAGAGACAAUUGAUCACUGAAGAUGACUUCAAAUGGAGAUUACCCCCCAAAAUAAAUGAAAGAGAAAAAGAAGGAAGUAAUUGUGAAAUACUACUGAAGUAUGUUGGUGGGGUUGACUUAAGCUUCUCAAAAGAAGACUCAUCGAUUGCCUGUGGUGCACUUGUUGUUUUGGACUUUCAGACCCUCAAAGUUGUUUAUGAAGAUUCUUCUAUUGUUAGACUUCACAUUCCAUAUCUUCCUGGCUUCCUUGCCUUCAGAGAGGCUCCUGUACUCCUGGAGCUUUUGGAUAAAAUGAAGAAAAAUGCUCAUCCUUUCUACCCGCAGCUACUGAUGGUUGAUGGCAAUGGAUUGCUUCAUCCUCGAGGUUUUGGUUUGGCUUGUCAUAUUGGUGUCUUAGCUGAUCUUCCUACUGUUGGAGUGGGAAAGAAUUUGCACCAUGUGGAUGGUCUUACACAAUCUAGGGUAAGAGAAAUCCGUCAAGCGGCGGACUCUCCUGAAAAUGUCUUACCCCUAAUUGGGGACUCUGGAUGUACCUGGGGAGCGGCAAUUCAAUCAUCUCAGGGCUCAUUGAAGCCCAUAUUCAUUUCAGUUGGUCACCGUGUAUCUCUUGCCACUGCCAUUGAAACUGUGAAGAUGACCUGCAGAUUUCGUGUUCCAGAGCCCAUCCGACAGGCUGAUAUAAGAUCAAGGGAGCGCCUCAGGAACCAUCAGUAAUUAUGUCCAUACUUAUUUCUCUAUCAAUUUGGUAGGUUUUCAUAUGAUUAGAGGGUUGAUAGUAUCAUACCAUAUUUAAAUAGGACGCCAAAAGGUUAUUAGAGGUUGAGUUCAAGAGUUGUUGAAGUAAAUCCAAUUUUCCCCUUUGUUGUGUUACAGUAGGAGAUUUCUGUUAUUUUACGUGGACUUGUUUUAUGUGUACAACAAUAGGGUGAUUGUAAGUAUCUGGUACAUGUAGUUCUUGUUUUUGAUAGUUUAUA